AUGACUGACACUGCCCCCGACAUUGGGUAUAUGCCAGACUUUGAGAAGUAUCUGGCGCGCGGCAAACGUCGUCAAGCAACGGAGAACCUCGAGAAGAAUGUCCCCGAAGGAUUUCCUACCAAGCUAACAGGCAGCUAUGUCUGGGACCCCAAGAUUCUGGCCAACACAUACGACUGGAACUAUCAUCUCACAUCAGAGGACAUAGAUGAGAUCAACCAUGCACUUCGUCAAUUCCAAGCAUCGGGUAAGCCAAUGGGAGAGCUCUCAAUUGAAACAUUCCCAUUGCCCAAGUUGCACGCGACGCUCCGCGACAUCUCCAACGAAGUUCACAACGGUCACGGGUUCAAGGUCAUCCGCGGUCUUCCAGUGGAUGAAUAUACUCGUGAAGAGAACGUAAUUAUUUACACUGGUCUCUCAUCACAUGUUGCGCCUAUCCGUGGUCGCCAAGACAAUAAAUGGCAAGGCAAGCCCGCCGAUGUUCUUGUUGCCCAUGUCAAGGAUCUGAGUCAGGAGUGCAAUCCUAGGGACAUUCCCGGCCCUGUCGUCACUGCCGAUAAACAGGUGUUCCACACUGAUGCUGGCGAUGUUAUUGCCCUUUUCUGCCUUAGUGAGGGCCACUCAGGAGGUGAAAGCUUCCUUGCGAGCACUGGUCAUGUUUAUAACGUGCUUGCUGCUACACGCCCUGAUUUGAUCAGAACGCUUUCUGAGCCUUGGCCUUUUGACGACUUUGCCCCGAACGGCGAUGUGUAUAAGCUACGGCCCCUCCUCUAUUACCAGCCUGCCACCAAAGCCGAUCCCGAGCGACUGAUUAUACAAUACUCGCGAAGAAACCUGACGGGGUACAUGGAUUGCAAACGAUCAGCGAACAUCCCCGCCCUUACCGAAGCACAGGCUGAAGCGCUUGAUGCUGUUCACUUUACGGCUGAGCAGCAUGCUAUCUCAUUGGACUUCCACAAAGGCGACAUCCAAUUCGCUAAUAAUCUAAGCAUUCUACACGCCCGAGGAGCAUUUACCGAUGCACCCAACAAGCGACGCCACCUCCUCCGACUUUGGCUGCGGGAUCCAGAAUACGAGUGGACGAAGGCCAAGUACUUGCAAGAGCGAUUUGAUCGAGUUUAUGCCGGCAUCACCGUUGAGAGCUCGGUCUUCCCUCUGGAAGCUACCAUUCGCAGUAGCAAUGUGGCUACUUGA